GCGGUGGAAUGUUGGCUGAAGGCUGAAACGGAUUAGAAAUCAAAUCUUAUACCUUCUGACAGUCUUCUCAGACUGCAAGCUCGUUCUGUAUUCAAAACGCAAGGAAGAAAACAAACAAAUGGCGAAUGCAGCUCUCUGGAUUUACUGCUUUCUCUUAUUGCUCAUGAGUGACCUACUUCACGGACAGACUACACCAGAGAGAACAGUCUUCACGUCCACUUCAGAGACAACGACCGCAGGGGACAUCUCUCCAACAUCAACAAAUGACUCUGCAACCUCUACAACAGUUGUCAAUUCCACAACACGACAAACUGCUACAACAGCUCCUAACACUGAAACAUCUGUAACACAUCCACCAUCGACAUCUACAGCACCAAUGUUCACAACCACUUCUGGAACCACAGGCAUUGUUACACAGUCAGCUGCUGACAUCUCCACUCAACCGUUGACAAAUGUAUCUGAAACAUCUACGACAAUGACUGUCAAUUCCAUAGUAUUAGAACUUGGAACAACAAGCACUGUUACACCACCAGCAACUGACAUCUUCAUUCAACCAUUGACAGGUGAAUCCACAACAUCUACAACAAUGACUGUCAAUUCCACAGCAUCAGAAUUUGGAACAACAAGCACUGUUACACCACCAGCAACUGACAUCUCCACUCAACUAUUGACAGGUGAAUCCACAACAUCUACAACAAUGACUGUCAAUUCCACAGCAUCAGAAUUUGCUACAACAAUAGGUCCUGGAACGACAACAUCUCCAACAUCCACGACAUUGACAGUCAAUUCCACUGCAUCAGAAUCUCGUACGACAACAGGUCCUGGAACGAAUCCUAAAACUGAGACAUCAACAACAGAACCAUUUUUGCCAACUACAUCACCAAACUUCAGAACCACUUCAGGAACCACAAGCGCUGUUACACCAUCAGCUACUGACAUCCCCACUCAACCAUUGAUAAAUGAAUCCACAGCAUCUACGACAAUGGCUGUCAAUUCCACAGCAUCAGAAUCUGGUACGACAACAGGUCCUGGAACGAAUCCUAAAACUGAGACAUCAACAACAGAACCAUUUUUGCCAACUACAUCACCAAACUUCAGAACCACUUCAGGAACCACAAGCGCUGUUACACCAUCAGCUACUGACAUCCCCACUCAACCAUUGAUAAAUGAAUCCACAGCAUCUACGACGAUGGCUGUCAAUUCCACAGCAUCAGAAUCUGCUACAACAAUAGGUCCUGGAACGACAACAUCGCCAACAUCCACGACAAUGACUGUCAUUUCCACCGGAUCAAAAUCUCCUACAACAAUAGGUCCUGGAACGACAACAUCUCCAACAUCCACGACAUUGACAGUCAAUUCCACUGCAUCAGAAUCUCCUACAACAAUAGGUCCUGGAACGACAACAUCGCCAACAUCCACGACAAUGACUGUCAUUUCCACCAGAUCAAAAUUUCCUACAACAAUAGGUCCUGGAACGACAACAUCUCCAACAUCCACGACAUUGACAGUCAAUUCCACAGCAUCAGAAUCUCGUACGACAACAGGUCCUGGAACGAAUCCUAAAACUGAGACAUCAACAACAGAACCAUUUUUGCCAACUACAUCACCAAACUUCAGAACCACUUCAGGAACCACAAGCGCUGUUACACCAUCAGCUACUGACAUCCCCACUCAACCAUUGAUAAAUGAAUCCACAGCAUCUACGACAAUGGCUGUCAAUUCCACAGCAUCAGAAUCUGCUACAACAAUAGGUCCUGGAACGACAACAUCGCCAACAUCCACGACAAUGACUGUCAUUUCCACCAGAUCAAAAUUUCCUACAACAAUAGGUCCUGGAACGACAACAUCUCCAACAUCCACGACAUUGACAGUCAAUUCCACAGCAUCAGAAUCUCGUACGACAACAGGUCCUGGAACGAAUCCUAAAACUGAGACAUCAACAACAGAACCAUUUUUGCCAACUACAUCACCAAACUUCAGAACCACUUCAGGAACCACAAGCGCUGUUACACCAUCAGCUACUGACAUCCCCACUCAACCAUUGAUAAAUGAAUCCACAGCAUCUACGACAAUGGCUGUCAAUUCCACAGCAUCAGAAUCUGGUACGACAAUAGGUCCUGGAACGAAUCCUAAAACUGAGACAUCAACAACAGACCCAUUUUUGCCAACUACAUCACCAAUCUUCACAACCACUUCAGGAACCACACGCACUGUUAUACCAUCAGCUACUGACAUCCCCACUCAACCAUUGAUAAAUGAAUCCACAAUAUCUACGACAAUGGCUGUCAAUUCCACAGCAUCAGAAUCUGCUACACCAGGUCCUGGAAUGUCAACAUCUACAGAAUCUACGACAAUGACUGUCAAUUCCACAGCAUCAGAUUCUGGUAUGACAACAGGUCCUGGAACAAAACCUAAAAAUGAGACAUCAACAACAGACACAUUAUUGCCAACUACAUCACCAAACUUCACAACCAAUUCAGGAACCACAAGCACUGUUACACCACCAGCUACUGACAUCCCCACUCAACCAUUGAUAAAUGAAUCCACAACAUCUACGACAAUGGCUGUCAAUUCCACAGCAUCCGAAUCUGACAUCGAUAAAUGUGCAACGAACACCUCCAGAUGUCAACAAAACUGCAUCAACACAAUCGGAAACUACAGGUGCAGUUGUGGUCCAGGCUUCAGACCCAACGUGAACGACCCUGCGCUUUGUGAUGACAUAAAUGAAUGUGCAAAUCACUUCUAUUGUCAACAAAUCUGCACCAACACAAUCGGAAGCUUCGUUUGCAGCUGUUACCGUGGCUUCAGCACCAACAUGAACAACUCUGCAGUUUGUGAUGAUAUCGAUGAGUGUGCCACUAACAACACAGGCUGUCCAGACACCUGCAUCAACAUAUUUGGAGGCUAUGUGUGCAGUUGUAACACAGGCUUCAGCAAUGACUUGACCAACCCUUCAUUUUGUGAUGCACAACUUAAAAUUGUCCUACGAUUUACUGUCACAAGCGAGCAGCUGAAUCUGGCCAAUCAAGAAAUACGGAACAAUGUUUACCUAUCUCUCCAACGUGUUUUACGCCUGUAUGCUGCUUAUUUUAACAGCAUUAACAUGAACAAGUGUUCAUCUGAACUGAUGGCAACAGGAAAUUGUCCGGAGCAAAUAAGAAUUGAGACGGAACCUCAAAGAGCUAAACAAGUCGAAUGACAUUCUUUACAUUCUAAUUUUGUAUUGUCUACAACUGAUAUUAAAAUUGUGGAGGAGAAAAUAACAUUUAGUUAUUAGCACAAAACAACUUGGGCCUUAUAUAUUCCUUUAUUCACUGAUAUCAAUAAAACUGAAUAUGUAUGAACACAA